AUGCUCUCACAUACAGCCAAGAUUUUCCGUCAUUCAAGAAGGGUUUGCAAUAAAUCGGCCCUCUCAUGUGUUGCCACUUCAUCAUCAUCGGCAAUGCUCGGAAUGAAGAAUAUUCCGACAACAACAUUUCAAAAUCAAUUCCUUGUUGAAAAUAUCAAGAAUUUUAGUACACAAUUAAAUGUUAGAAAUCAACAACAAGAACAACCACUUGAUGAAUCAGCCUUGAGUCAACAUAUUUUCCAAUUUAUUCAACAACAAUCUGCUAAUCUUCCUUUGCAAAAUUUUGCUGAUUUGGACAAGUUACUUCAAACAUUGAUUUUCCAAGGACAUCUCAUCUUUAGAGCACAAACUAUGGAAGAAUGGAAACCUGUUUAUUAUGAAAUUUUGAAUAUUCUCUCUAGCAAUUCUACUAUUUUUGCUGAUAUUGACCAAACUCAAUUGUCUCAAGUGGAAAAGGAUGUUAAUGAAUUUGCUGAUGCUAUCAUUAGUACAUUUGAAAAGUAUGCUACUUCUGGUGGAUUGGAGAAUAAGGUUGUUGGUGAUGUUUUGAGAAUGUUGGCUGAAGAUGUCAUUGUUUCAUCACUCCCAACUGUUAAAUUUGCUCCAAAUGGAGCUCAUGCUCAAUAUGUUCAACAUGUUGCUGACCAAAUGGGAGAUUAUGUUGAAAUGACUAAUUUACCUCAAAUCAAGGUCAUUCUUCUCACUAGAAAGGCUUUAGGUUUGCACAAGCUUGGAGCUUUGGAUAAGGCUUUGGAAACUUGUGAUAAGGCUAUUGAAAUUAUGCCAGAUUUCUCCCCAAGUUAUCUUGUUCGUGCCUCCACUUUCUUAUUCAUGGAAAAACCACAAGAAUCCAUUGAAGCUUGUAACAAGACCCUCUCAAUUGAAGAAGGAAAUAUGGAAGCCUAUUUGUGUAGAGCUGUUUCCUACCUCAAAUUGGGUGAUACUGAAAAGGCACUUACUGACCUUAACACUUUGUUGGAAGCUCAUCCAUCCCGUUUCGAUGCCUUGACCAAGAGAGCUGCCAUCUAUUUCUCCAAAAAGAUGUACGACAGUGCCAUUCUCGAUGUUGAAAGAGCCAUCUACUAUAAUUCCAACGAUGUUCAAGUUUUCACUGAUGUUGUCAUGAGUUUCGAUUGUGCCUCUGAUAAGUGUGCUGAACAAAUCAUUGUAGGUCUCUUCAAUAAGACUCGUAAUCAAAUUGCUGAUGCAGUUAAAGCAUUCGAUGAAGCUAUUAAGGUCAAUCCUGAUGAUGCUGUCUCAUAUCAUCAAAGAGGUCUCUUGCAAUACAAUUAUAUGGGUGAUUCUAAGGCUGCUCUCGAAGAUCUCCAACAAGCUAUCGAUAAGAGAAGUUCAUUGACCUCUGAAACAUACACUGGUAUUUUACUCCAAGAUUAUGCCAUGAUUGUUCUCAAUAUGUUCGUUGCUGAAUAUAAGGAUAAGGCACCAGAUGGAAAUGUUCCAACCUUUGAAACUUCUCCAGCUUUGGCCACUGCUUACAGUUGUUUUGCUGAAUCUACUACUAAAAUGCCAGCUCCAGCUCAAUUGAAGGCCAUUACAAGUAUGGGUAGUAUUCACAUUCUCAUGAAUGAAAAUGAACAAGGUAUCGAAUUGUUCACUAAGGCUAUUGAAGUUGCCAAGCCAAAGACUGCCAGUGGAUACACUCCAGAAUUGAGAAGUGAAAUGGCUGCUGCUUACUUUAACAGAGCUCACGUCUAUCACAUGAAGAUUAUCAAUAAUGAAUUGGCUCUCAAAGACUAUGACAUGGCCAUCAAGUUGAAUCCAAACAAUCCAUUGUUCUAUCACUAUCGUUCCAUGCUCCACAUCCACAUGGGUAAUGAUGAAUUGGCCAAGAAGGAUGAAGAUACUGCCAAGAAGAUUACUGAAAGACAACAAGAAAGAAUCAAACAAAUGCAAAAAUUGCAACAAGAAAGCAGUCCAGAACAACCAACCCUCUAA